AUGAAGUCUGAAGAUGACAUUGCCAUUGUAGGGAUUGCAUGCAAUUUUCCUGGAGGAGAAGGAAUCGACAGUUUCUGGCAAGUGCUGGUAGAAGGGAGAAACUGUACUGUAGAAAUACCUCCAGAAAGAUUUAACACCCAGAGGUGGUAUGAUCCUGACACCAACCAGCCAGGAAAAAUAUACACCACACGUGCUGCUCUCCUUGAUGAAUUCAAUAUGUUUGAUAACAAACUGUUUGGUAUCCCUGAUCUGGAGGCUGAACGGAUGGAUCCUCAACAGAAACUGCUCUUGGAGUGCACUUACAGAACGUUGGAGGAUGCAGGAAUACCUAUAGAGGACAUUAGUGGCACCAAAACAGGGGUUUUUAUUGGUUUGAUGAAUCGUGACUAUGAGAUUGUAACAAGCACAGCAAUAAAAGAAAUGAACCAUUAUGAUGGUACUGGGGUAGCAGUAAGCAUAGCGGCUAACCGGAUUUCAUAUGCUUUUAAUCUGACUGGACCAUCACUUGCCAUAGAUACUGCCUGUUCAUCCUUCUUUUAUGCACUGCAUUAUGCCUUACAUGCAAUCAAACAAGGUGACUGUGAAGCUGCAUUCUGUGGAGGAGUGAGCUGCAUCAUAGAUCCUCGCACUUUUGUAUCCCUAUGCAAAGCCAAAAUGAUCUCUCCUGAUGGAAUGAGCAAACCCUUUUCUAAAAAAGCAGAUGGUUACGGUAGAGGAGAAGGCUGUGGUGUUAUUUUAUUGAAACCAUUGAAGAAGGCACAGGAAGACUUCAAUAAAAUAUGGGGUGUCAUCAGCAUCAGUGCAGUUAACCAGGAUGGAAGAUCUGCCACGCCAAUCACCAGACCAUCUCAACAGCAACAGGAAAAUUUGCUUCUUGGCAUUUACCCAGCUCACAUUGAUCCAUCAGCUGUGCAGUAUGUUGAAGCACAUGGCACAGGAACUCCUAUAGGAGAUCCCACCGAAGCAGAGAGCCUGGGCAAUAUCAUUGGUAGAAAGAGGUCUCCAAAAAUAUCUGCUCUCAAGAUGGGUUCAGUUAAAGGGAACAUUGGGCACACAGAGUCAGCGGCUGGGGCAGCAGGAUUAAUCAAAGUUCUUCUCAUGAUGCACCAUGGAAAGAUUGUUCCAUCCUUGCACUUCUCAGAGAGCAAUAGCAUCAUAAAUACUGAGAAAUUAAAUCUCUGUGUUCCAACCAUGGUGGAGAAGUGGGAUGAGUCUAGUGAAUAUGGCAGAGUAGCUGGGGUCAACUGUUUUGGAUUUGGGGGGACCAAUGCCCAUGUGGUGGUCAGACAGGUUAAGCAAGCCCGGGUUCUUCCUCCAUCUAAAAGACCUGCAGAGUUGUUUGUCAUAUCUGCAGCUUCACGUUAUUCCCUUAAACAAGCAAUAGAAGACACAGCUAGACACGUCAACACAAAUGACUCGGCAACACUCCCAGGUCUGGCCUACACAUCUGCAUGUAGAAGAAGCCAUAUAAACUACAAGUACAGAAAAGCAUUUCUGGCAUCCUCCCUCCAACACUUAGAGCAACAGCUUUCUUCUGCAGCUGAAAUGGAAAUAGCUCCAUCAAAUAAGCCUCCAGAAUUAGUUUUUGUGUUCUCUGGUAAUGGUCUGAAUUUGAAAUGGAUAUUUGGGACACUGCUACCAUCUGAGCCUGUGUUUAGAAACAAAUGUAAAGAAAUAGAAGAAUUAUUUCAAAACUACUUCCCCAUUGAUAUCCUGGAAUUAACAGAAGGUGACCAUGAAGAUUUGUCCAGGCCUGAAAUUGCCCAGCCCUUACUCUUCACACUGCAGGUGGCCUUGGUUACUCUUCUACAGUCCUGGGGAAUUAAGCCAACUGCUGCUGUCGGCCAUUCAGUUGGUGAAGUUGCUGCUGCCCAUUGUGCUGGCUUUCUUUCUCUGGAAGAUGCUGUCAAAGUCAUCUAUCACAGGAGCAGGCUGCAGGCUAAGGUCCCUGGAGGCCAAAUGUUGGUGGUUGGGAACAUCCCUGUUGAAGAAGUGUCGGGAACCCUUGGAGCAUACUUGGGCAAGGUCUGUGUUGCAGCAUUUAAUGGUCCACAGUCUUGUACGUUGUCGGGAGAUGCAGAUUCCAUCAAUGCCCUUCAGAAAGACUUAUCUGAACGCUUCAGCGAAAGAAACCUCUUUCUUCAUGCUUUAAAUGUGCCAGUUGCAUAUCACAGCCACAUGAUGGAUCCAGUCCUAGCAGAGAUGGCAGCAAGUCUAUCAGAAUUAAAGGAAGGGAAGCCUGAAUUGGAGGUUUUUUCAACAGUGACUGGGAAGGCUGUUUCAAAUGACUUUGUUGUAGGCAGCUACUGGGCCAGACAAGCUAGGGAUCCUGUUUGUUUUGCACAGGCCAUCAUGACCUCAGCCAAAAACAAGGAAAAGGUUGUGUUUAUAGAAGUUGGUCCCCAAAAAGCACUGCAGAGAUAUAUAACUGAAACAUUAGGAACACAGACUAAAGUUUUUUCUUCACUGCAAACUCACAAAGAGUAUGAGACACUUCUCACACUUGUAAAAGGGCUUUUUGAAUUGGGAUUUAAUCCAGAUUGGAAGUGCUUCUAUGAAGGAUAUCAGAGUUCCCCAGUAGCCUAUCCCAGGUAUCAGUUUGAUCGCAAGAAACUCCUAUCUUAUAUGGACAUUCUCCAACAGCAAACCCAAAAGGAUGCAGACUUAAGCCAUUCUUUAGUUCACAAUGUUAGCAAUGACGAUUCAGAAUUUAGGUGUACCAUCUCUCAGACACGAAUGCCUUAUUUGUAUGAGCACAAGCACAACGGCGUUGCUCUAGUUCCUGGGGCCUUUUUUGUUCAACUUGCAUUGACAGCUGUGAUGACUAGCUCAAAACUAAAAGUGCCCUUAAGUUUGUAUCAGAUAAGCAUGAAGUUUACAUCACCAUGUGUUUUAACUGAAAGUACUCAUGAUGUGAAAGUGAAAGUAGAAUCACAAGAAUCGGUGAGAGAUUUCAAAAUACUGUCCUCAUCAGGGGCAGUCUAUGCUUUGGGACAAGCCACUAAGAAUCCAGAAAUAUCUCUUGAAGUAAAAAGUAUUUCCUUGAAAGAAGUUUUGCAACGGUGUUCGUCUGUCAUAAGCAGAGAUGAGAUAUAUGAAACCCUGUCUUCUGCUGGAUUCCAGUAUGGUUCAAUUUUUAAGCAGCUGAGUGGUGUAUAUUACUGUGAAGAACUGAAAGAAGCCAUAACCAUCAUGAAGGUGAACAAAUACCUUCAGGAAGAAAUGCAUACAUACUCUGUCCAUCCAGUACUCUUGGACUGUUUUCUACAAAUGACAGUUGUUAUGAUUGCAAAGACUUUCAAAAAUCGUAUAGGCUUUCCUUCUGGUAUAAGUAGCCUUGUAAUUGUGAGACCUUUGGAGGAGGAAAUGAUGAUAUAUUUGAAAACAAGCAAGUCUACAGAGAACUGCUUGGAGUUUUGUGGCUGCUUCACAGAUAAACACGGCUCUGUUUUGGCUGAGAUGAAACGUGUUGUGGUCACGUUUAUAGGGACUUCCAGCAGAGAAACUGAUUUAUUGUUUGAAAAUAAGUGGAAGGAGUUGCCCCAUUCUCAAAUGAUCCAACACUCAGGAAGAGCACUCAGGGUCGCAGUGUUUGCUGACACAACUGGGGUAUCCCAGCAGCUAAAAAGAUACUUGCAUAAAGAUUCUAAAUUUUUCAUGUAUGAAGACUGGGAGAAAUUUCUGGAAGCCAGAAACUCAGAAUCAACUGCACAAGACAAAGUUAAGCUGGAGGUAGAGGGCUACAAUGAUGUGUUGUUUCUGUGGGGAAUUCAAAGAUUAAGUGAAGAAAACCCAGACAGUGUGGUUGCAGGUGUAUCAAAGUGUUGUGAAGCUUUCCGGCAACUUGUUAUUGCAUUGAGAGGGAAGAAUUGUCAUUGCUCCAUCAAGAUAAUCACUUACAGAACAGCAAAUAAUGUAGAUCACAUUAACCCUGGCUUUGCUUUGUAUGGCAUGGCACGAACCUGCAAGAUUGAAGUGCCUGAGAUCACAUUUCAGAUGAUCGAUAUCGGCUCCACAAGCACAAUUGAUGUGUCAGUCUUAGCAGAUGUUUUAGCAGAAUAUGAAGCCGAGAAUUAUCCUGAAAUCUGGAUCAAUCAGGGUAGAGUUUACACCUCUGAGAUCAGACGUACACAGACUGAUGACAUAUGCUCAAAUGUACCUUCUCAGUCCCUUCAAAACUCUAAGCUAUUCACUCUCUACACUUCUGUGCCAUAUGAAGUGGGAAAUCUAUAUGGUGAGCUUACUGAUGACAUUAGUGUUCCUCUUGAUAAACACAGUGUGGAAGUGCAAAUUGAAAAAAUAAGUAUCCAUUCUGAAGAUUAUUUCCCUGUUAGCCUUUCCAGCUUGAACUUUGGAAACACAUUAUACUGGAAUUCACAGACAAUGGAUAAACACAAGCUCUUAGCCCUGGACUGCAGUGGUACAAUAGUUGCAACAGGCUGCAAAGUGAAAAAACUCAGAGUGGGAGAUCGUAUUGUUUCAUGUUAUCCGGUUGUUGCAUCUUCAAGAAUCAGGAUCCCAGAGGCAGCGUGUUUUAACACCCAGAAAUUCCCAUGCUUUGAAACUACACCCUGUGUUUCAUUCUUCAGGAUGGCCUGGGAAAUUUUGCAUCAGAUGUUACCAAAGAUGAAACAGAGUGGAAUGUUAGGCAUCGUUUCUCCUGAACCACAAUCGGUUUUGUGCAAAGUGCUUAUUCAGUCAGCCCAAAAUGCCGGCUGGAAAACAAUCAGUACUGUACUUGACAGCAACCUGGAGCAACGUGUAGUUCAUUGCAAUGCCCUUGUCUUCCUGCCGCCACUGGAAAGAUUCCCCAAAGAUGUUUUAGCUCGCCUUUCACGUCUCCAAGAUGUAGUGGUGGCAUGUAGCAACUACCACUCUGAAAGUCUGGAUUAUCUCUUCGGAAGCCACCAUGAAAACUUUCACAUUCAUGUUCUCAGUCUUGAAAGCAUUUUUCAGAAAGCAUCUCUGAAAAAAUCCCAUAAAGCUUUCUUGAGCUGGAUGAAAGCAAUGCCACUCACACAACGUAAACACUUACCAUCUUUUGUUUUUCAGCAGAGAGAGGAUUAUAAAAGCAUAGACACUGCGACACCGUCCCAUUUUACCUGCAAAUCUGUCCCAUGUGCUGUCUUGAAAAGUCAGGCAGAAAACCACUGUAUUUCUGAGAUACCCAUAUCAGAAACAAAGGGGGAAAUGUUUCAGCAGAAUGCUGUUUACAUAGUUGCAGGGGGACUCACUGGGCUUGGCUUUGAAACGGUGAGAUUUAUUGUUCAGAAUGGAGGAGGGUGCAUUGUGAUUCUUUCACGGAGAAAGCCAAACUCUGAGAAGGAAAUGGAAAUAAGUAAUUUGAAGAAUCAAUAUAAAUGGAGCAGGAUAAUCAGUCUGCAGUGCAAUAUAACUUUUAAGGCUGAUGUUGACAGAGCAAUCAAUUCAAUCCGCAAAGUCUUUCCAAAGUGCCAAAUCAAGGGCGUCUUCCACAGUGCAGUGGUUUUACAUGAUGGGUGGAUUGAAACCUUGACUAUAUCCACUUUUGAGAAAGUGUUAAAUCCAAAGAUUGUAGGAGCCAUCAAUCUUCACCAUGCGACCCAAGGGCAGGAUCUUGACUAUUUUGUAUGUUAUUCAUCUGUUUCUUCCUUUCUUGGAAAUUCAAUGCAAGCAAACUAUGCGGCUGCCAAUUCCUUCCUAGAUCUUUUCUGCCAAUACAGAAGAAAUUGUGGUCUUCCAGGACAAUCCAUUAACUGGGGUGCCUUCAAUCUUGGAGUACUGCAAAAUCAAAAUGAAAUUCAAAAUAUUUUGGAAGCCAAGGGUAUAGAGAUUCUCCAAGUGAAUGAUUUGUAUGACUACCUUAAAAGGUGCUUACUUUUGAACAAUCCUCAGCAAGCUGUCAUGAGGUUGAACUUCCAGACUUUUAUUUCUCAGAAUCCAUCAUUUAGAUAUCGCAUGCAUGCGGUCAUUACAGAAGUUCUUGGUAGUAAUUUUCAUCUUUCCAAACAAAUUGUGUCCCAGGAUUUGGAUUCAGUCAAAUCUGAAGAUUAUAUCAUGUCCUUGGUGAGUCAGCUCACUGGUACAGAUGCAAGUGAAAUUGCAAUGAAUACAUCUGUUUUGUCUCUUGGAAUGGAUUCUAUGUUAGCUAUGACUUUACGAAAUCACAUUUUGCAGGAAAAAAGGGUGGAUAUACCAGUUGUGAAGUUACUUGAUCCUCAUGCCACAGUGCUUAGUUUAGCAUCACUUUUAGACGAACAAUUUAAUAAAAUAGGAAAACUUAAACAAGAGCACUGUGGGAGAGGAAAAGUUGAAGAAGAAAGCUGGAGUGUUUAUUUGUAGAUAUAAUCUUAAUAAACUCUUUUUUAUAACUGUAAAUAAGAAGUUAGUGACCCUCAAGAACAAUCAUAUGUUUAUUACUGAAUAUUAAAUGGAAUUUUUUUAAAAAGAAAUCUGAUAUUUAAUCAGGAUUUCAAUAGAAAGGAAUUCAUUGAAUUCUGCAAACAAUUUGGCGUACCAUGAGUUUGUUGCUCUGAAACAGCUUACUUUGAAGCAUUUAGUGUUCAUGACUGAAGCCAUUACUGGAAUGCUUAUUUUCAGUGGCCAACAUGAUAUCCAACACAGCACUGGCUUUUCUGAGUGCCCAGUGGUGCUGUGCAUGUCUAAAGAAGCUGCGGCAAUGUUGCGCAAAACCACACUUUAUUUCAGUAUUUAAAAUGUGGCUGCGCUUGCACCGUGCCAUUUAUAUUGGAAAUGGUUGCUGAAAUGAUGCACAGCAUUACAGCCGCAUAACACUUUGCUCUGGGACUGCUGCAAAGCUGGAAUGCAGCCGGGAUGAUGGUAAGAACAGGCAGUAGAGGAAGCAGUGCUUCCACCGCUUUGACCAUCCACACAAUGGGGAAAACUGAAAAAGCGCUGCGAAUGUUACUGCCUGUUCUUGCCGGCAUCGGGGCUGCAUUCUGCCUCUGCAGCAGCUCUGGGGCACAGUGUUAUGGAGCUGUAAUGCUACGCAUCAAGAGGGCCAAUGUAAAUACUGUGUUAAGUAUUUGCAAUGCUGGGGCUUAAUUAGACACCUGCAGCAUUGCCAGCCAAUUGGAAAUAUUGCAGGGUACAUCUUCAUGUCGGCCGCCAUUAUAAAAAUACAUUUUCUUAGUUAUAAUGAAAUAUUUUACAUUUGUAACACUUCCAAAAUUAUGUAUUAUGGAUGUAAUUAAUAGAACUUCUGCUAACUAUAAUAUCCAUGUACCUCAAGACUGAAUAAUUAAAGGAUUUAAGAAAUGGGUGACUUUUGCAGUUAUGUAGCAGCUGUUGUGAUUGUCUCUCCUUUAUCUGUAUUUUGAGGUGACUGUAGGCGGUCCCUAGAAGCUGCAUGAGGGUGCACUGAUUACAUUCACAUGCGCAGUAGGAUUCUGGAUCCCAGAAGGUCUCCUUAAUUGCCUGAUAUAAAUAUAUGAUGGAAGAGUGGAUAGUAGCUUGUACUAACGUGAAACAUGGUUAUCGUGUCCUUUUUAGUAUAAGUGUCACAGAAAGGCAGAGUGUGAGAAACAUGGUGGGUUCCCUGGAUCCAAGACAGUGUAUUUUGUAUUUAACGUGGUAACUUUGGAGUCUAAGAGACAUAUCAUUUCAAAUGUUUUCAGUGAAGUAAAUGAAAGCUUUUUAAAAAUGUCAUUUUUUCAUUUUGUUAUGGUGCAAACUUUUACUUGUCUAUUCAAAGCCUUUGCAUGUCUUUUGUUCAACUAAUAAAAAGUUAGGUACUACUUUUAUAUAUUUAAAUUGAAUCUAAUUUUCAGGCAAAUGUGCAAUUUCCAUUGAUUACAAAUAAACAUUCUGUGACAUAGAUCCCAA